AUGGUGAAGCUGGAAAACUAUCAACAAGAACUUGAACAUAUGAAGAACAUGACCAGACAAGAAUAUGUUGCUCACUUAAGAAGAAAAAGCAGUGGCUUCUCAAGGGGUGCUUCAAUGUACAGAGGAGUCACAAGACAUCAUCAACAUGGACGCUGGCAAGCUCGGAUAGGCAGAGUUGCAGGAAACAAGGACUUUUAUCUAGGGACAUUCAGUGACACCCAAGAGGAAGCUGCUAAGGCCUAUGACAUAGCAGCAAUAAAAUUUCACGGGGUUAGUGCUAUCACUAACUUUGACUUAAUGGGUAUUGUGAAUAGUAUGUAUCCUGAGCAGUUGACUCGUCUCAGUUGUGAACUACAACUCUUUAUGAGUUCAAGAAGAGCAUACAGUCUCUAA